AUGCCUGGGACGAUACCACUUGAUGCACCGCAGAAAGUGGCAGAUCCCACGGCUUUACGCGCUCUUCAACAGCAGUAUGGCGGUGGGCGGAAAUUUGAUGACGACGGAAGCUGCUAUGCUCACAUCGGAGAUCUGUCGCAAUCGCAGCGACCCGUUCCGCCCCCGAAUGCCAUGCGGCAGAUUCAUGCACAUCGGCAAGAAGAGCGAAAACAGAGAGAGCAGGAGAAAGAGGCUGAGGAGUUUGAGAAUGAGAUGAGUAUGAGGGUGAAGGAGAGUCGCACGGCCAUUGCGCCACCAGCGAAUGGCCAUGUUCAACAUCGAAGACAAGCACAGGUGAAUCUGGAGGCUAAACUAAUUGACAUGGCUUGCAGCUACGAGAUAUCUGGCUGCGGCUGUGCCGAGUGUGAUGGCUGUUACGAUUUUGUCGAGGCCUCGGCUCAAGGAGCUCCAGUGUAUCGCAGCGCGAGUGGCUGGGUGCUCCAUCGUGACCGAGUCCCCGAGCUCCAGCAGAUUGGCGAAGAGGACGAGGAGGAACUUCAUUUUGGAUGGUUGUUGUCGAAAGACCGAAAACCUUUCUACGGUCUUCGCAGUGAAGACCUCAUGAUCAAGUCUGAUGGCUGGCAAUGUUUCUAUGGACCCCCUCCAGCCCCGCAAGCCGUUGUAAAGACCACGUGGCUGGAGCAUUUUCAGAAGGUGUCAGGAAGAUUGAAGGAGGAAGGAAAUGUUGCGAUAAAAGCUGGACACCAUCAAGAAGCUGACAGACUCUACAGUGAGGCCCUCACUACGAUGGAGGGCUAUGAAGAGAUGGUGGAAUCUUCCAUGGACUUAAAGGAGCUGCAGGUUGCUCUGCUGGCGAAUCGUGCUGAAGCACGUCUGCGCUUACAGCGGUAUGAAGCUUGCAUGAGCGAUGCGUCAUGGUGCCUGCGGCUGGAUGAUGGUCACGUGAAAGCUGCGGUGCGAUUUGCCAAAGCCUCCAAGGUCGGCAGCGAACAGAUUUGGAAAGACAAUGCUCUGGGCCGACUGAGCCAAGCUGUGCCUUUCUUGGCACCGCUGGCGCGUCACCGGGAAGUUCAGGCCUUCUUUGAAGAAGCUGAAGUCUUGAGGUCCUGUGAGGCGCCCGCAGAAGAUCAGAGUUCGUUUGUGCCUCAGAUCGCGGAACGCUCGGAGUGGCUGUAG